CUUUCCCUUACUCCUCGAACCUCGAUCAGAAAUGACUAGCCAGCCUUCAAUCACCUUGCACCAUCUCGAAAACUCAAGGUCUCAGCGAAUUCUAUGGCUUUUGGAGGAGCUUGAGGUCCCUUACACACUCAAAGUGUACAGACGCACGCCAGAGAAACUCGCGCCUAAGGAGUUGCUCGAAGUUCACCCACUUGGAAAGUCACCUGUUUUGACGGACGGACAAGGCAGCGAGAGGUUGGUGCUAGCUGAAAGCGGGGCUAUUGUCGAAUACCUGGUCAAUCGAUAUGGGAAAGAGAAGUUUGGCGUCGACGAAAGUUUUUCAGCAUGGGUCGACAAUCUCUACUGGUCACACUACUCGGAAGGCUCCCUCCAACCGCUCCUCACCAGGCGCUUCAUUUACCGGAUAAUCCCAACUCGUGCUCCCUUUUUCAUCCGACCUAUAGCCAAAGGUCUAUUCACGAAGGUGGACCAGAACUUAAUCGCUCCUGAGUUGGAGAAGCAUGGGAGAUUGAUUGAAUCUCGUCUCGAACAAGUCGCUUCCAAGGGAGGGUGGUUCGCUGGACUGGCUCAUCCCACUUCAGCAGACUUCAUUCUUUCCUUCACGCUCGAAGUAUUUGUCCAGCGUGCCCCAGAGUACACGGGGAAACUGACGAAAGAGUACGUCAAGAGGGUACAGAGUCGGGAGGCUUAUAAGCGGGUACUCGAGAAAGGUGGAGACUAUGCGCUAGUCUUCCAAGAAUAA